UAGAUGAAUGAACACAUUCUAAUAAAAAACGUAGUCAGUUUCAAUGGAUCCUCAAGUCUCAAUUAUUUUUUUUACUUCUUCAAUAAAGUCUUUUUUUUCUGAGAAUAAGUCGUUUACUAGUGGUUCAUAAGCAAAGCAAUAUAAAAAAGCAGUAAUGGCGACACUUCUCAAAGCUAUCACUGUCUCUACUAUGCCGAUUCAUAUGAAAAUGUGAUUUAGUAAACUAUUGACUGUAAUCAAUCCAGGGGUUACUACAAGUUGAGUGCCUGUUUGGCAAUGGAAAUGAAUGAAAGAAAUCAACGGUAUAAAGUGAAGACAUGGACAUCCGAUAUAAUUAUUAUUGCGAUGAUAAUUAUUUGCUGACAAGGCCGACCACCGAUAAAUCGUAGUGAUCGGUGAGUCAGGUGAAUAACAUCCAAGAUUUAUAUCUAAGUAAUGAGCGAGACUCGGCAUCACCUUCGUUCCGUUUCGGAUUUGUACGCGGCUGAUGAAAUAGAAGUAUUACUUCUAGAAGAAAUACGUGAUUUAGAACCACCACCAUCAGCUUAUUCACGACCUGAGGAUAUACAAGACUUCGAAAUUGCAGGAAGUAGGACAGGGGGAGCAAUUAGCUCCCAAUCGUCUGAGUUGGAUUCACCUGGAGUCCACUCAACUGUUCAUUCGUGGGACUCUCACGCUAAUUAUCAUGGCCCUUAUGGAAUACAUCCACAUGGCUCUUCCUCAAAUGCACUGCCAUGGCUUGAUUCUAACCAUUUGGUUCUUUACUGCGAUGUACAGGGUCAUCUCAAAACGUCAACAGGUUUCAUCAGACUUUUAUUGCUCAUAACAUCAGUAGCAUGCCUGGCAACACUAUGUAGCUCAGGUACUGCCAAUGUCAGUCUCUUUAUGCUGCCUCUUGUCGGAAGAUUGAGAUUUAUUAUUUUCGUAGCAGUUUUUUGUUUAUUAGUCACCACUGUGCUCCUCUUCCUUGACAUCUCACAUAUUAUAUAUAUGUUUCCGUUCAACUGGGCCAAGUUGAAUUUUUGGUUAUUCACCAGUAUUGGAGUAUCAUAUAUUAUAGGAUGUUGUUUAUUGGGUUUGUCGAUAUGGGAGUAUCAUUUAAGUGGUUGGGUACCACAUCGCACUCGUUCUCAACUCACAGCAGCUGCAGCAUUAGCUUUAUCUUGUGGAUUUAUCGCUUUUACCCUUUCAUGGCGCCAUGGACGUAAAGACAUCAGUUGCAAGCCAUCAUUUUCACAUGAAAAUUCUCAAAGCCAGCUUUAUAAACCUGUUGAAUCUUCAUCUUCAGGCCUUACUUCAAAGGAUAGAGGUCCAAAACAACCACCACCGUGGAUCACUAAAAAUCAACGUUCUAAAAAAAACGUUGACACUGAAUCAAUUGCAACAAGCAAAGGCAAUGGUAAUUGUGAUGAAUAUAAGCCCGGUGUGAGUAGAAAAGAUCACUGGGCAUCUGCAAGACAACAUUUUUUACCACAAGAUGAUGAUGAAAUGCAGAUCCAAUCUCAGAACCAAGCUCAUAUAAUGCAACGAGAUGAAAGUGAUCUUGAACGAAAACGUCGAAAAAGGAGAGAUGAUAGAGAUGAUCGAUUGAGUGGUAAUAAUGGUGAAAAUCAUAAAGCUGAUAAUAGUGUAAAUAAACCACGAAGGGUGCCACAGAAAUUACCUCUGCAAACAAUUGAGAGUCCACAACCACGUAAAAAUGAUGUUAGAACUUCGGAAAAAACAUCGAAAACCAGUACUAAUAGCGAUCUUCAGAAUUAUGUUGCUGCAACAGUAAAAUCGUGGGAACUUGAGACUGCUAAAGAUUCAAAACAAGCUAAAGCAAUGAAAGCUUCAUUACUUGAAGCUUCUAUGUGGUCAAAACAGUGGCAACAACCACCUGAUAAUGUUCAACCUUGUUCAAGUAAAACUAUUGACCCAUAUUCGUUUGCUUAAUACUCAUUAAAGUGAAUUCAAUGACACGUCAAAUGAACCGCCAUGUAUAGAUAAAUAUAUAUGGGUCAUUCCACCAAAUAAGAACAUUUUUACGGGGUGACCCUCGCGGAUUAUGUUUAAAAU